UAUGUUGACCCCUCGUUGCUUUGUGGGUAGCAGGAAAAAGGCUCAAAAGGCGCUGUAAGAGCGACAAGCGCACGUUGCAGAAUUAUUACAGCAGAAAUAACAAGAAAAUAACCUCUUUUCAAGGCAAACCCGAGGAAGACUUAAAAGAUGUCCAUUGGUGUGCCGAUCAAGGUCCUGCAUGAGGCAGAGGGACACAUUGUGACCUGUGAGACCAACACAGGAGAGGUGUACAGAGGCAAGCUGAUUGAAGCUGAGGACAACAUGAACUGUCAGAUGUCCAACAUUACCGUGACCUAUCGUGAUGGUCGCGUCGCGCAGUUGGAACAGGUCUACAUCCGAGGAAGCAAGAUCCGCUUUCUGAUCCUACCUGAUAUGUUAAAGAAUGCUCCCAUGUUAAAGAGCAUGAAGAACAAGAACCAGGGUUCUGGUGCGGGAAGAGGCAAAGCUGCCAUUCUAAAAGCACAAGUGGCUGCAAGAGGGCGAGGUCGUGGUGGAAUUGGAAGAGGGAACAUCUUCCAAAAGAGGCGAUAACUUUCCUUUGUUCUUUGGAAUAAUUUGGUAUUCUCUGGUAUUUUGUGCUUUUGCAGUUCCUCACUUUGAUUUUUAUUUUGUAUGGAAAUAAACAUCUUUGCGUUUACAACUCA